AUGGUCACUAGCAAGGUCUAUCCUGUUCCAUUCGAAGACAAGCUUGGCGAAGAUGAGCUCAACAGGCUCAAGAGGCGCAUCAAUGAAGCUCUUUUUAAUGACAAGGAACGAAACACCAAUGUCAUUGUCUUUGAUCGCAAUCCUCUUUCUGACAAGGAGUUGGAUGAGGUCAUGACCUACAUCAGCAGCCAUGCAAUUGUCACCUCUGUCAAGCACACCAUGGACGCCAUUGAGGCCACCACUGAGGAUGAUCGCAAGGUCAACAUCACUCUCUUUUUUGGUGGUAUCUGUUUCAACCGCAAGAUCGUUCAAGCCAAGAAGAAAGCUCGCGAAUCUGUUGAGUCUGCAGACUCUGCUUUCGGAGCCUUUGAGGAUGUCACCGGUCAAGGAUUGACACAAAAUCGUUGA